AUCCACCCCCCCAAAUAGCGACCGCCACCACGCAAGCAUCAGCUGAGAUUUUCCCCCGGGGAAGGCUUCCACUGAGGCUUCUAUUUCUUCCCCGUCCACUAAAAGAGCGCAUCGGCCAUCCACUAAACGGAAUCCCCCGUCCACUAAAAAAGAGACCCCUCUUCUCCACUGGCCGCUCCACCAGCCCAUCGCCCUGCACGCACCGCACACGCCCAGCGCAACUUCAAGCCAGGCGCCUUACAAGCAACCCGUCGUUCGUUAUAGUGGAGUUGUUAGCGCAUCCCUCCCUGCCUUUCCAACCCACACGCACACGCCCAGCUGGUUUGCUGACUUGUCUUGAAACCGUCUUGGAAUUGGCCCUCUUCCCAUUUCAUCCAGUUUUCUCCUCUCUCACUCUUCAUUCCACAUAACCUGCGUCUUCGUCCUCUCUUGCUUUUUUUUUUUUUUUUCGGCGCCGUCACUGCGCUGCUUCUACGCUCUCACUCUCUGUUGCAGCCCGAUAAUUUUCGCCUUUCCGCAUCCCGUUGCACAGCGUCCGGACACAGCGUCACCGUUCGGAAUCCACGGUUAAACACAGGCGUCACCACUCCCGAUCGACUCUAAAUCACUGCGCUUACCCAAUCCAUCUGCGGAACCAUUCUGAAAUAAAGCAAUUGCCCAGUCCUUGGAUUGCUAUAUUGUCGGAUUUCUUUCUCGCUAUCUCUAUCGCAACUAGCCGACUCUCUCGCGCGGCGUCACCGACUUCGACUCAGUACCAUCCAUCCAUCACGGGACCAUCACCGCCUGCACUGCACCGCACUGCGACUGUAUACUGCGUCUUCACCCUCCUGGCUCAGCCCUGGGAGAGAGCAAAAUAGAAUAUAUACGAAAUAGGAAUUAUAGCCACCACACAGCAACUACCGCCAUGUGCCGACUGGUUGUUUUUGAAGGCGUCUGCACACGCUGCAAUGACAAGCACACCUGGGACGAACUCAUGCAACAAUUAUCCUGCCUCGCUGCCAAAAACAAUGGCAACUUUGGCGACUGUGCAAACGGCAUUUUCAUGGAGAAGCAUGACUUUGACCAAGAAUGCCAGCGAUGCAUAGAUGAGGAUGAGGGGGUCGCCGACAUGGGAUAUGAAACAAGAUCGAUGCUCGAAACCAAGCGUGGCGCCUCGGAUGACUCUGCGUCCCAAAAUACCAAGAAACAACGCACCUAGAUGUGGCUAGACAUCUAUUUUAUUUUCUAUUACAUAUUACGACACGCAAUGAUUACCAGACAAAGCCUCAUCGACGGCACAAUCUGGUACCAAAUCUCCAGCACAUAAUUUCAACUUUACUACGACAUGGCUGGCCUUGCUGCUAGCCCUUGUUUUGCAUCGACAGCGAUGGUCGGUUUGCCGCUUUAGCCGCCUAUCAUGAUACAGAAGGCGAAAGUUGGGACACACCUCCCAUGUCAUCAUGGUUUUUUAUUUUGGCUUGUUUUUUGUUCUCCUCUUUUUAUUCUGGUUGAGAAAGUAUGUUGCAGCACAUAAGCAUGGCGUUUAGGCAGGACGGUUUCCUCACAUGAGAGCAUUUUUGUAUUUGUUAUGACUUGGCAGGCCAAUUUCUUCCGAUCCGCAAGACCGAUACGGACGAGCUUGAUCCCUCGCAGAUACCAGCUUCGAAAAAAACGAUCCAGCUAGCUAACGGGUGUGAACCCAGCUGCUGGUACAAUGGGAAAAGAUUUUGAAUUACAAUUGUUGUAUAUUAUAUAGGAUAUGCCCAGAAAUUACCCGCUACCGUCUCACUAGCACGCUCCAGCCGAUCAAAAUCCGCAAAUGAACCAUGUCUAUGCGUCAUUCAUUCAUCACCGAGGAGGAGGUCCAUACCAUGUAUCCUUAACGUGACCCCAGUAUCGAUCGGGAUCUGCCUUAGCAAUGGCGCAGUGCUGCGCUCCAUCGAACCGCUCUAGCCGUACAUUGAAACCUGCCCUUCGAGCUUCACGGGCCUCGUGUUCCACAGCUCUCCACGGAAUCAUAGCAUCGACCGCCGAAUAAAUAUACGUGCGCCGUGUCUCACUAUCAGCAUGGGCUGGGUUCCGGAUCGCUCGACAGUUUCUGUUUUGCGCAGGCAUUGUGUAUGGGAUGCGAUAGAUGAGCCAGAUGAGCGCCAAGACCGAGUAAAUGAGCGGUGUUGCCAAGCGCGGCAGGAUGGAACUCAAUGCGUGUGCAGUACCUCUCCAAUUGAACUUGCCGGGGCACGAGUCGAAGAUGAAUGCGCGUCUAGGUAGCACUAGAUUGCCCCCGAGCUGCCUCUUUAGAUGGGCGUACAUGUGUAAAGCGGUGCUAACGCCGCCAUUGGAAAAGGCGUGUAGUAGGAUCUUGGGCGGUCCAGACUUUUCCGCUCCAGGUUUCUUUGGUACCAGCGCCUUGAUAAUCGGGACAGCAGGCUUAAUAUGAAGAGGUGCGAGCCAUGGGAAGAAGACGUGGAUGAGAGGACAUUGGGCGACGAGGAUGCGCGACGUGGGGAACAGCGCUCGGUGUCCUUCGACGUAUUUGGCAAUGUAGUCUUCCUUGGCGCCCAUCCAGGAUAAUAUGAUGAUAAGUUCGGGGUCGGCCUUGGAUUUUGGUUUCGAGUCGCUUGCCUUUUCGGGCUCAAAGUAUGUCACAGUUGGGCUGAGGCGCUGCAUAAAGGCGAGACCGCCCUUCGCUUGCGUGGUGUUUGCUGCAACCAUGGUAGAAGGAACUGGAGCUUGCGCUCAGGAUGCGCUGCAAAAUAGUAGAUCGUGAGAUUAGGGAAAAGGGGGCAAGAAGUUGGAGAAUCCAAGUUGCCAGCUUGGCUGAAUCGUCAAAGGGAUUGGAGAUGGAGCUAAACUUGGUUCCCCAAAUCUGGGGAAUGCCGAGCCGAGGCUUGGGUCCAAGUAUAAACGAUAAGCCACCAUGAAGCUACCAUGCGCCUUGCCUAAAAACGAUUGAAAUAUAUGAUAAAUUAGAUAGAAC